CCAGGGUUGGGAAGCCCUGAUUUAAAGCGGGUAAGAAAUGCUGGAGGAGAAAUAUUGCCCCCGGUCGAAGAAGCCACGAAUCUCUGAAGGGCUUGCGGCUGUCAAAACAAUGAUGACGAAUUUAUUGGAGGAAAAAAAGGAGGACUCAAAAGAGCAAAAAGAUCUGAGUCUGCUGUCCCCUGCUGAGGAAAUCCAGGGUUUGCACGCCAGAGUUCAUCAACUCGAGAAAGAGAAAGCCGAAAUGGAGGCAGAGAAUAAACGACUCAAAGAUAUGUUGGUCAAUGAAAUCCCCACCCUUCUGUCAACAAUGAGACGCACCUUUGCAGCACGUACUGAAAUCCCUUCGUCCGAUUGCUUUGUUUCUGAUGAAGACUGCAAGACAUCCUGCUCUGGUAGUGUCUGCAGUACACCAACCUUUCCAACUCCACCAGCAGACAUAGAAGGGUCAAAUAUGCAGAAUAUGUGCGCAUCAGCGAACGUAACAAACUCUGUGGAAGUAUACAAGGGAUCAAACGUGUAUAGUGAAGGAAUGGUGUGGAAAGCUGCCAUACAAGCAAACUCUGCGACAGCCAUGGCUAGAACCCUACUGCUUGGUGUUUUUGACAUGGACACUCUGUUGAGGAGCAACCUCAGAGGUGGUAAAAGUAAAAGAGCCAACUAUGCAGACCAAAAAGAAGGACUGGACCCGUUAAAGCUGGAUGCAAUCUAUAGUGCCACAAUGAAGAAAUUCCCCAAUGCAAAAAGAGGACAAAUUGGAGUCGGUAUUAACUCAAAGCUGUCAGAAAUUAGGUUCAGGUACAGGAAAGCCAAACGAGAAAAGGGAUGUGAUAUUUUUUGCUGACAAAGGCUUAAUUAGUGUUGUGUUUGGUACAUUUGUUUUAUUUUUGUUAAUAUAUUAAAGUAGAUACCUUUUCCUUUUGGUGUUGCAUUACCUUCAGAUGUGAUCAGCCACAGGAUACAGAGUUCUUUUCUGUAGCGUUUGAAGUUUUUCCUGCCUAAAGCAAAACAUUCCCAAGAAGAACAGCAUAUCUUAGUGAUGUACUGUAGUCGUUAGCUGAAGCAUUUACUAAUCAGUUGAACUUUUGUGAGACAAAACUGAAGAUUUUUAAAUGCCAUAUUGAAUAAUCAUUCUUCUCUACAUCUGCUUUUACUUUGGCUUUGAGCGUGCAUUGAGAUUCUCCAGACAAGCUCAGAGCAAGAGUACAGGGGUAGCAGUGUGGAGUAGUGGUUAGGGCUCUGGACUCUUGACCGGAGGGUCGUGGGUUCAAUCCCCAGUGAGGGACACUGCUGCUGUACCCUUGAGCAAGGUACUUUACCUAGAUUGCUCCAGUAAAAACCCAACUGUAUAAAUGGGUCAUUGUAUGUAAAAAUAAUGUGAUAUCUUGUAACAAUUGUAAGUCGCCCUGGAUAAGGGCGUCUGCUAAGAAAUAAAUAAUAAUAAUAAUAAUAAUAAUAAGAGUACCACUUAACACUGAUUGUGCAUGCCAUGAAAUAGUAAGUUAUAUAUAUAUAUAUAUAUAUUAUAUAUAUAUAUAUAUAUUAUAUAUAUAUAUAUAGCCUAUGAGUUGCAGGUACAGGACUUAACACUAGAACCGCCAUGCGGGUCAGUUUGACCCAUUUCGCAUUUAAAAUGUUAAUUACUCUUCUGUUGUAAAUCGUAUGUGUAUGUCUGUUUUUGAAUUAAAUAUCCUGAUGGCGUUUGAUAGCCAGAAUCGCAAAAAUGAUAGUUACAAACAGUUCUACCUAGAACCGCCACAUGAGUCAAUGUGACUCAUGCAUUACAAUACAUUUUUUUUAAUAUAACGUAAGUUAUUCAAUUUUUAUUUUUUGGAAAUGCAACAAGACACGCCUCCUCCUAGCACACAUGUUUUUUUUGGUUUUUUUUUACUUCAAGCCUUUCUUUGUAGACUGAUUACGAGAUAGAGAUUGCUAUGAUUGUGGAUUUGUCAAGAUGCCAACUCAUUGAAAGCCUAGUUGCUUAUUUUUCAAUGUACCUGGGAGACAAUCCUUCGUUUUGUUCCACAAAUGCAGAAGGAAAUAUUUAAUCUUGAAAGUAGUCAUUUUGAUUGGAAUACGGCAAGCUGCACUCAGAUGCAUACAGCAAACUGAAAUUGCAGGUAGGAUAACAACUUAUGUGCCUAAUAUGAAACAUAUGUUAUAUAUUCUUUUUUUAUAUUACUUUUAGAAAAAAAAAAACAUUUCGGUUUUACAGGUUUGUAUGUACCAGUUUACACGUGUUUGGAUGCAGGCACAGUCAGCUGACAGACGCGUACGCUCCUCCAUAGAGUACAGUGCAGCUGUCAUACCAGAAGUAGUCUUAUAUUUUCUUUUUAUGUAGUAUUAGAAACAAUGAUUUCGGUUUUACAGUUUUGUGUGUACAUAUACCCGUUUACACCUUAACACGGGUAUAUGUACGUACCCGUUUGUUUUGAAAUGUAUAUUAUAUUUUUUCACUUUGUAGUCGUGCUGUAUAUGCGCUCAUUUUUGAAAAUAAAGCCUUUUAUGUUUAAUUUUCCAUUUAAAUACGGUGUUUCUGCGAUGCAAAUGUUAGAUAUGAUGUUCAUGAAUAAAACUUGUGAAUAAAAGUUGUAUCCGAUAGUAUGGCUUUCAUUUUCAUAACGAAGCAGCUUAAAAAUGUAUGGGUCAAAGUGACCCACGUGGCGGUUCUAGGUAGCUCGAACAUCUGGCAGUUCUAGUGUUAAAAAAAGGACAAUCUGAUAUGGACAUCUGUUAUUGUUGUUAUUGUCUGAACAUGUCUGGGUAGGAAAUUAGUAAAGGUCUGUGCUGCACAUUGUUUCUGUUUUUAUCAGAUCUCCAAGUGGUUGGUUGCAGGGUGUGGUCUCCUGGAGGUCAUGUACAGGCUCUGUCGAGGUCAGGGCAGUCUGUGUAGUUCUUCUGUGCCUUCAAAUCCCCCCAUUUGCCUGUGUUUUUCUCAGAACAGGUCACACAUGUUCCUGAAUAUAUUUUCAAAAUAGAAAUAAAGUUUUCUGAAAUGUUA